CGGAAGUCUAUGGGGUAGGACAGAGAGAAACCUGGAAGGUUAGGGGCGAGUUGGAUUUACUAUUUCAAUAUCAAACUGUCGUGCUUUGUGAAAUAUUUUUUUAGAGUUAAAAACAUCAAUGAAAAUGAUUGAGGGUAUUGAUUCCAGUACUCAGUCAUCUAGUCAGGAUUUGUGGGAACAAAUUUGUCCUUAUACACCAGAAGACCAUCAGCUUAACCACAUAGAGACAUUCUCAGACUCCUUUCAGUGUGUUGCCACCGUUGGAGAAACCGAAUUCAAUAAUAGCAGUGAACCUGCACAUAAUUCUCCUUACAGUGCCCAGAAACCUUGGGCUCCACUUCAAGACUCUGAGGCAUAUUUAGCUUCACUAGAGCGCAGACUGCAGAAGAUUAAAGGUCUGUCACAAGAAGUCACCUCAAAGGACAUGAUCCGCUCUCUAAGUCAAGCCAAGAAGGAAUGUUGGGACAGGUUCCUGCAAGAGAACUUUGAACAUGAAGCAUAUAUAGAGAGCAGUGAAGUGGAUGGCAGCACUUUGGAGCAGUUGAGGAGGUGGCUGCAGCCUGAGAAAGUUGCCAUAAAUGCAGAAGAAAUUCAGUGUCUGAUCCCAACUGUUGUUCCUACAGAAGAGGGGGUUAGCACGCCGGAUCCUGAAUCUGCGGAACAGUGAGAGGUUCUGUGCAAGCUGCGUCUUACACUAAAGACAAUCUGUAUCAUUCCUGACCUGCAGCAACAGAGGAAUCAUUUUGUCUGCAAGGAACAAAUAGUGUCAGAAUGACUUACCUGUUUUGGGUAUCCUAACUAGCAUAUUUUUUUCUUUUUUUGGGGGGGGGGGGGAGGCAUAAUUUUUUAUAUUGCGGAAACAGUAGAAUUUUUUUUUUACCUAUUAGGUAUUACAUUUUAUUCAAGUGGCUUCUUAUCUAAAAUGUAAUAGUUAAAACAAGAAGCCACUUUAAAAAUAUCAAUUCAAUAAAGAGAAGAUGGUGGAGAAAAAAAGAAUGUGUCAGUAUUAUGUGUAAAGACUUGAUUCUUUUCUGUAAUAGUUUUUUAUCAUAUAUCAUUGAACAAUAUACAUCUCUGCAUUGCAUUAAAAAAAUGACACACAA